UUGAUUGAUCUAUCACCAUGGGAGAUAUUCAAGAAGGUGCUAAUGUUUUUAGACCUCCACUAUUAUGCGGCCAUGAUUAUACUUUUUGGAAGUAUCGAAUGAGAGACUUUCUCAAGUCUAUCGGUGGACAUGUUUGGAGAAGCAUAGAGGUUGGAUGGUGAGCUCCUACUAUGACCAAUGGAGAUGGAGAACUGAUUCAGAAACCUUAUGAAAGAUACAACAAGAAAGAGAAGGAUGCAACAGAAUCAAAUGAUCAAGCCUUGAAUGCAAUCUUUGGAGCGGUUGAUAGAAAUCAGUUCCGUCUUAUCUCAAAUUGCACUGAGGCCAAGAGAGCUUGGGACAUUUUGCUUAUUACUCAUGAAGGCACUACAACGGUCAAGACUGCCAAACUUCAGAUUGUGAUGUCCAAAAUUGAAAAUCUUAAGAUGGAGGAUGCUGAGUCUAUCACAAAUUUUCAUGGGCGGGUUAGAGAGUUGGCAAAUGAGGCUGAAAGACUUGGUGAACCAAUUACAGAAAACAAGCUGGUGUUGAAAGUGCUACGUGUUGACGGUGACUCUGAUGGUGACGUGGAUCUAAAGGAGAUGCUUAUAAUUGUUGAAGAAAAAUUUCAAGAGUCUCUACGGAGAUACAAAAGUAAAGUUACAGCAGAGGAUGACACAGAGGAUGAUACAGAAGAUGACACAGAGAUUGACGCAGUAGAAGAGCUAGCUAUUCUCCAAAGGAAGUGGGUAGAACUUGUUCAAGCCAACCAGAAAACUAUCCUGGAGAACCAUCAGCUUGUUGCCGAGCGCAAUAGACUAAAGGAGAGUUUCGAAAGAAAUAAGACCCCACUUGACUUGUUUGUUGAUCGAAGAAAGGGAAUUGCUCAAAAAGUCCCACAAAGAAGGAAAACAGAAGCUGCCGAAUCUGCUGGAACAACUUCUGCCACACCCGCUGAAGCAUCUCAUGUAGCUUCUACGGGAACAUCUUAUGCAGUAUCCUAUGUAAAAAGGCAACGAGUUGGGACACAAUCUAGUAUGAGAAGACACAAAGAUCAUUAUCCUAAACCUGAAAGAGUGAGGCGAGGUGAAAGAAUCUGCACCCAUGGAUACGAGGUGCUCUGCCGACUCGCUGUCCGGAGCGACAAUGGGAAAGAAGUAGAAGCAAUCAGCAUGAAGUGCACUGCCAACUCGCUGUCCGGAGUGGCAAAGUCCCUCCAAAACGGCGGCAUUGCUAUACUCGAGAGCCCAACUGGAACCGGGAAAACACUUAGUAUAAUCUGCAGUGCUCUGCAGUGGCUUGUUGAUAGAAAGCAAGUACUGAAUGAUAAUAAACCUGAAAUGCAAUCAGGGCCAGACGAUGAGCCUGAUUGGAUGAGGAAUUUCGUGCUUAAUGCUGAAACGAAACCAUCUGAAAGGGGGGAGAAAAAGGCGUUAUAUAAGGAAAAUAAGUUUAAUAGAAAAAUUGAAAAUAUAAACGCUUUUGGAACUACCAAACGCAAGGAUAAGAAAGUUUUGAAGGGUGAUAAUGCAUUAGAGGGCAUGGAAGAUGAAGAUUUUUUGAUGGAGGAGUACGAGAGUGAAGGGGAAAUUGAAGGGAAUAAAAAAAGAAAGGGUGCCAAGGAUUACGUGAGCACCUCGAGCGAGGAUGAUGAUGACGACGACGAGAAGGAAGAGGCAAGACCGAAAGUUUAUUUCUGCAGUAGGACACAUUCACAGCUUUCCCAAUUUAUAAAGGAGAUAAAGAAGACUGUAUUUGCUAGCCAACUGAAUGUUGUGUGCUUGGGGUCCAGAAAAAAUUUCUGCAUCAAUGAAGAUGUAUUGAAGUUGGGAACCUCCAUGCGAAUAAAUGAGAGAUGUCUAGAGCUUCAAAAGAGUAGGAAACAAGGAUGUUGUAAAGUUUCCAAACCAAAGAACCUGGGCUUCAAGGAAAGAGUGCGAAGGACAAAAGCCUCAUCUGGGUGCCCAAUGCUUAGAAGCCGCAAAGUUGAAAAGGAAUUUAGGAGUGAGCUUUCUCAUCAAGGGCCUUUGGAUAUUGAGGACGUUGUUCACAUUGGGCGUGAGUUGGGAACUUGCCCUUAUUAUGGUUCACGAAGCUUGGUGCCUAAAGCAGACCUUGUAAUACUUCCUUACCAAUCUCUUCUUUCGAAGUCAUCUCGUGAAUCUCUUGGUUUGAGUUUGAAAGAUAAUGUUGUUAUUAUUGAUGAAGCUCAUAAUCUAGCUGAUUCUCUGAUCAGCAUGCACGAUGCGAGGGUUACUCUGUCGCAGUUGGAACGUUUGCAUUCUCAUUUGGAAAGUUACCUCAAGAGGUUUCAAAGUCUGUUAGGACCCGGAAAUAGAAGAUAUAUCCAGACGCUGAUGGUACUGACCCGGGCUUUUCUACAUAUUUUAUGUCAUGGGAAAAACACCGGCAGCUCCUUUUUCUCUGCAGAAGGAACUGAAAGUGGGUUUGAGUUUUCCAUGACCAUUAAUGAGUUCUUGUUUUCUCUCAACAUCGACAACAUAAAUCUUGUCAAACUGGUCUAUUAUAUACAAGAUAGCAAUAUAAUUCACAAGGUGUGUGGAUAUGGAGAUAAACUUGCUGCAGAAAAAGUUUUAGCCUCAAAAGACAGUGACAAAAGCAGUGAGGAGGGAAGCUCACUUUCAGGUUUCCGAGCAUUACUCGACAUGUUACUAUCUUUAACAAAUAAAGAUUCAGAUGGAAGGGUAAUUGUAUCCCGGGCAAGACCGAGUUCCGAAGGACAGAAAGGAGGUUAUCUGAAAUAUGUCAUGCUCAGUGGAGAAAAGAUAUUUUCUGAGGUGCUUGAUGAAGCCCAUGCGGUCAUAUUAGCUGGGGGAACACUUCAGCCUAUAGAGGAAACAAAGGAACGCCUUUUCCCAUCUUUGCAGCCUGAAAAGAUGCAUUUCUUUUCAUGUGGUCACAUAAUUCCUUCUGAAAAUAUAUUACCUAUUGCUGUUUCUUGUGGGCCAUCCGGACAUCCUUUUGAUUUUAGUUACAAUACCAGAAGCUCCCCAGUCAUGAUUGAAGAGUUAGGGCUUCUGAUUUGCAAUAUAGUGACAUUGGUUCCUGAGGGUGUAAUAGUUUUCUUCUCAUCAUUUGACUAUGAAUCAUUGGUGUACAAUUCUUGGAGGGAAUCCGGCAUACUUGCAAGAAUUAUGAAGAAGAAGCGUAUCUACAGAGAGCCUAGAAAAAGUACAGAGGUGAAAGUUGUUCUGAGGGAAUACAAGGACGCGAUCGAUCACAAACUUCAACCUGAAUCUCAAAAUGGUGCAAUUCUCUUGGCAAUUGUGGGUGGAAAGAUAUCGGAGGGUAUCAAUUUCAGUGAUGGAAUGGGGAGAUGUAUAGUUAUGGUAGGACUACCCUACCCCAGCCCCUCUGACAUUGAGUUGAUUGAGAGGGUGAAACAUAUUGAAGGGCUUGGGCGUUCAUUGUCUUUGAGUAAACCACCUGAAGUUUCAGUUCCAACUCAGUGUUUUAAUGGGGAUGCACAAGCUGGGUUGAGCAUAUUAAGAAGCUGCAAGCAUCGGGGGAAGCAGUACUAUGAGAAUCUUUGCAUCAAAGCUCUAAAUCAAUCUAUUGGUAGAGCAAUCAGACACAUAGAUGACUAUGCUGCAAUUUUGUUAGUUGAUGGGCGAUAUGCGUCAGAUCCAAUGGAACGGAGGGCUUCUCAUUUAACAAACAAGCUUCCGCAGUGGAUUAAAGCCCGCCUCGUUUCUGCAACCAAGAAUUAUGGGGAGGUCCACAAGCUGCUACACCAUUUCUUCAAAUUCCAUAAAGUAAAAGAAGGGUCCCUAGGGAAGUCUUUCUUGUAAAUAGAAACACAGGAUUGAUGCUUCUGUUGUCGAAGCAAUUGCACUUAUUGACUGAGGUGUGGGGAUAAAUGUGAAUGUGAUGU